AUGUACGGCGACGCGAUGCAUCAGCUCCCGCCGGUACAUAAUCAACACCUGGUGGUCGCCGGCGGCGAUUUGCACAGGGGUCCACCGAUGCAGCCCCCGCCGAUGAUGCGUCAGCCUUCAGCUUCUUCUUCUAAUAUCAAUCCCGACUACCACCAUUCCUUAGCCCCAAAUCACUUCGACUGUAAGUAG